GAUUUCGCUAUUUUUAGCCUCUGGAUUCCCUCCAGCAAGACUUAGGGGAGUUUUUUUCCCCCUACUACCUUCUCCUUCCUUCCUUUUUAAAAAAAUUCUUCAAACCCAUUUUGAUCCCGCUUCCUUCCUCUUGGAACAUUUUUUUUCCAAUUUAUAUAAAUAAGGAGAGGGUGAGUGUCUCCUUGCCCUCUCUCUGCCUCCUUUCUUGUUUCCUUUCCUCCUGCUGCGAGGCUCUCUCUCUCGCUCUCUCUCUCUCUCUCUGCCUUUUGCUCCAGAUCUGCAGCCAGCAGCCAGUCAGGGAUUGUGUUAUUUUAUUUGCAGCGCAAGGAAUCAAACCCAUAACACAGAUUCGCGCAUAAGAGCAAGUAGAAGGAAGAUGAGUGAAUCUAGUGCAAAAUCUGGCCAAUCCCUAGCUGGCAAAAAAGACAAGGAUGUCUCUGAGAAAAGAGGACGAGGACGGCCCAGGAAGCAGCCUCAGCAAGAAUCCAGUGAACCACCACCACCCAAGAGACCACGUGGCAGACCAAAGGGGAGCAAAAACAAGGCCACUUCAAAGGGAAGGGAACAGGGUUCAGUAAGCAACCUUCCAUGGACAAGCAGACAGUGCCCGGUUAGGAAUGACGCAACCGUUGAUCAGAAAGCUUCUGUAACAACAACAACUGGGAAGAAACCUCGAGGGCGACCCAAAAAAAUAAAAAAGGAUGAAGAAGAAGUCAACAUUUCCCAGGAGUCAUCGGAAGAGGAGCAGUGAAAAGAGCCAACUGAUUCUACCUCACAGUUCAGUUUUCCUAUUUCUUGUCAAGUUCUGGGACUGAGGAAGGAACAAAGCAUCCUCACCCUUUUCCUGACCUACACCUGCCGAAUGUUCUCGCAGUCUAAACAGCAACACUGGAGUACAGUGUAAAACAAACCAACCAUCACUGCUGAUAUGUAAUGUUCAAUGGGGGAACCAAGUAUUUUGUUUCCCGUUCUCGUUUGACAGGGUUAACAUUUUAGCCUACCACUUCAUGUAGUUCUAGAUUAUAUCUGGUUUUUGGUCUCUCUCUCUCUCACUCUCUGGUAUGCUCCUUGUAGAGAAAGGGGUAUAUAUAUCUAUGUCUUUAUAGCAACCACUUAUUCAUGUUGAAAAGAGUGGACAGCCUGCUUCCCCCCACCCACCCCUUUGCCAAACCAUACCUCUUCAGAGAGACUGUACCACCCUCCAAAGGGAUAUUUGGCACUGGCUGAAAAUUAGGCUAUAGAGGACAAUUGGGAGGCAUUAUUUUUCUGUAAAAUAAAUAUAGCAGGAAAAACUACAGCAUCAAAAAGAAGGAAUAUAUUAAAUGUGCCUAUUGUAAGCUGGAUGCUGGUUUCAAAGGAUAAUACAUUGCUUUUUACACUCCAUUUACUGUGGUUCAAUAACUGCAGGGCUCUCUAAGCAGUAUGGCAAUGAGGGUGCUUUUCUUUUUCACUGACCAUACAAAUGUUCCUCCCGUUGUAAUCCCAGUUGCCAAUGUCCAAUUUGGAGCGAUUUUCAGGUGGGAACCUGCAACUAAAAGUUCUUUCCCUCUGUGCUCAGUUGUUCGGCACAGAAAGGACUGUUGGAUCUUCUUUUAAAUUAGACCAGGCUUUUCCAAAACCCGCAAAAAGCAGGAUAACAAUUCCAGUCCAUCCCCACAGUCUCUCUUUGGGUUUGGUGAUUUUUCUGCAUUGGGAAUAGCACAAAGCGUUUUCACUACAGUUGACUUUUCAAAACGUGUUGUCUUUCAAGGUUUUUUCCCCCUUUUCCUUCAUUCAGAACUACCUCUGGAUAAUUUAAGUUUCAUUCUCUUAAAACAUGGAGUUGCUGCUGUUUGUUGCUGCUGCUGUACUGGUUACAAAGUUUUUAUUAUUCCAACAGGUUCUAUCUGGUUUCUGUCUCUGGAACUGAUAUUUUACACUAGAUAACUUAGUUUGAGUUGACUUUUAAAACUUGUGCUAAUAAAAAGGGAUAAAAGCUUCUA